CAUAAAAAUACUUUGGCUUUUCAACAAAAUGUAUUUGAACAAGAAACAAAUCGUAGGUUCAAAAAUGAAAAAAUGAACAUUUAUUUAACAGAAAAAAAAAAUAAAUAAUUAAAACCUGCAAAGAAUUCAUGGUCAUCAAUUUGUAAAAACUGAAUUAGGUAUGUGGUGAAAAUGAUGGAAGGGGCAGAUUACUCUUCAAACAAUACAAUCCCGGAAGAGAACGAAUCCACUGCGUCACAAAGUACACCCAAAACUAAACCUGCACCAGACGAGCAAGGAACAAAUAAAUCGGAGAGAGCAUCGCAGAAAACCAACAGCAGCGUCAAGGAAACAGCCGACGACAGCGAUAAGAAGUCCACGACAUCGAGAACGAGUAAGAAUUCAGCCGACCAAAACAACGAUAAACAGAGCGUGACUAAAGGAAACAAUUCAGUGGUGAGCGAAAGAAAGUUGACGAUCAGUACUAUCCAACGCGAAGGGAGUCUUGUUGACCCGAAAGAAUACGAAGAAGCUGAGCGUGUUUCUAAAAAUACACCGAAGCGAUCAGUAGAAAACAGCGUUGUUUAUAAACCAGAUCAAAUAACUGAUGCUAAAGCUCUUUCAGAUCGAAUAUCCCUCAUCAAUCCUUUUUCUAAUGAUAUCCCUUUGCCGAUUUCGUUUAUCAUGGAACCCCAUACCUCGACCCCUCUCGGCAAUACACAGAACCCUUUCAACAUGUUUGAGAUGCCUCCCAGUGUCAACAAUGGCGCCAUGAGCUACCGUUCCGCCCAUUACUCCGACAGGCCACCUACGUACCUCUCCGAUCCGACCUUCGCCCGUCAAACCUACGGUACCAUGGCUGUCCCAACCCCUAACCCGUACAACUACUUCCCCAACAACUACUCAGUCGUGGACACCUUCUCCAGAAGGCUCAGUGACCCCAGAUUGACCGCACCAGCACCAACGCCCCUGGGUCUGCCGGGGUUCCCCUACCCUGAAGUCAUGUUCCCUGGUUCCCUCUCGCUGCCUGCGCCGUCCACAAAUUCCGAAAACCAAUCGACGACCAAGAAGAAAAAGAAGAAGAAGAAAAGGCGUCGUUUUGAAUGCCUAGACGAUGACGGGGUCUACUUGCCACAUACUUCCAUUAAGAAAGCAAAGUGGCGUGACGUCUGGGACAAUCUAGAAAUUUCCUUGAUGAAGAAACGGAAAGCACUGGAGAAAGCUUACAAAAAGCUGGCCAGCGCAGAGUGUCACUAUAUCGGGGACUCGGCAAAACACAGUAAAAACAGAUCUCACAAGUGUUGUCUGAAUGGCGACACGAUUCCUCUGUGUUGCCACGCGUGCCCCGCCUCUAGACACCCGCGCGAGUACCGACAAGGGGAGGCACCUCUGGAGGGGAGACUGUAUUGUUCUGGUUACGUCCCCUCUGACAUGGCGAAUGAAAAGUGCUAUCGUUUGCUCCCCUGUGAAGACAACUACGAGCAGGAAGAGAGACAAGAAAAACGUCGCCCGAGCAACGCAACGUUCGUGUCGUUUCGGUCAAAGACCGACAAUCGCGGAGACGCGAACCAAAAUGAUUUGCAAGAUUUCCAACCAUACGAGGAAGACGAGGUUGUUUAUAGAAAUAAUUCCGUACAAUAUGAGGGCGAUGACAUUCCGAGACAAAGUUUGGGUGCCAGCAAUCUUGGUUUUAACAACCGCGACAGCGUCAACUACGAACAGCGAUCUAGACCCAGUCGUUUAGAAAACACCAGUAAAAAGAGUUUUAGCAACUACAACUUUGAACCGAAUAAUAGGUUUUCGUUUUCGAAAUCUGACCACCAGCGUAACUCGAAGCAGGACCACAACAGCAAAGACGCCGGCUUACCUUGCGAGGAAAGCGUGACGGAGGUCAACGCGACCUUGCUCCGUAGCAUCCAGGUGUCCCUGCGCAGCAAAAAGAGAAACCAGUGCAAGACGAAGAAGUUUAACCUGGACGUCGACUCGGCCAAGGUGUUGCGGUCACUGCUGUGUCAGAGCGACAGCAGCCCGGGGCUGUGUACCGAGCAGGAGACCACCCCCGGGAAGAAAUGCCCCUGCGCCAACUUCGCCGCGUCUUGUGAUGCCCCGUGGUAUUGCUUCCCACCAAGCAGCAAGUACGCCCAGUGUUGUAGGUCGUCUUAUCAAGGCACCUCACAAAGAAAGAAACCCAACGCGUGCAACGCCAACGACAUUUUUACCUCGCCCACUCCGUUCUCGUGUGCGAACAUCCCCGAUUCUAUCCAAGCGCGACAUCUCAAAAGGUUGAUGUCGCAUUUCUACCACGAUUUGGUCUCGCUCCCGGCUCGUCCUGACGAGGACGAGAACGACGAUGACGACGGAGAGGACAAGGAGAACGCGUGCUCUCAGCACGAGUCGUUCUCCUGCAACACCAACAGAAGCAACACCGUCGUCGUGAACGCCGAGAAUCUUCAAACAUGCGCAGAGCUGCACUUCCUUAAACGCAACUCCUCCACCGACAGAGAGAUCGAGCGGUACAUCUUCGAAAAGGAAAUCCUCACGCCGUUAAAAAUAAACAGCCGAAAAAAGAGUUCCAGUAAAAGUCUCGAAGACGAGUUAGACUUUCUCGACUUUGUUCGAAGUGAAAGGUUCAUCGAGGAAUGCCGUAAAGUCUCUAGCGGAGGGAGCUUUUCCAAAAAGAGUUCUUUUUCUUCUAGGAAGAGCAGCAAGAGAAACUCAACGGCCGGACGCUCACAGAAUGAAACUUGCGUUAAAAAUUCUAUUCCGUGUGUUAAAACCCUCGUAGACACCGGCAUCCAGUCUUGUUGUAUGGAAGAAGAUCCGUGCUGCGUACCACCAACGAAUGAUCCCUGCACCAAACCACCCGACCCUUGUAACAAAAUGUCGUGUGUUUCAGUAACUAGCAGCGGGGUAGAUAAAUGUAAGCCCACGAGACCGCCCAGACGCCGAUCUGUUGAGGAGAAAGUUUGUUUAUGUCCUGGUGAGGCCGUGGUAUGCGCCAGAAACUCGGACACUGCCUGCACCAGAUCUGUGACUUCUGCCCACAGGACAGAACCUGUGACAGGACCUGCGAAACCUGUCCACAGGACGGUACGUCUUGCAGGCUCUGUACGAUCUGCCCACAAGACAGUACCUGUGACAGGAAAUGCAAGACCUGCCCAGAAGACAGUACUUCUUGCAGGCUCUGUAAGGUCUGCCCACAAGAGAAAUCUCGUGUCAAGAACUGUGACACGUGCCAAGAAGCGUCAACGUGUGGGUGUUGCACGAACGAGGAACACCCCCUAUGUACUUGCCGAGCCGAUGUCUGUCAGCCGCGUUGCGGAAAGAAAACCCCUAAGUGUUGCAAACGCUGUGGUCCCCACUGUAUGUGUUCAGAUGGUGCUUGCUGCUCGACGAAAACGUGCCGGAAAAAUCCGGCAUCAAUGUCCUGUUGCUGCUGCCCAAGUGCGCAGUGUUCUCAAUAUCAAAGCCAGGCCCCAUGUAAAGGACAGAACUUCCAACAAUGCCAGUCAUGGAAAUGUCAGUGUUGUGCCCCGUGUUGUUUCACUAAACAAACGACGUGCCAGAAAAAUUGCCCUACACCAUGUGAACAAGCACCAUGCUCUACAAAUACAUAUCUUGGCUCAUCAACGUGCCAACAAAAAUGCAAUUCUUUAUGCAAUCCAUCCCCAUGUUCUAAAAAUCUAUGUGCGGGCCAAACGAAAUGCAAAAAAGAAUGCAAUCCGGUAUGCUAUCAAUCACCAUGCUCUACAAAUCCAUGUGCGGGCCAAACAAAAUGCAAUCCACUAUGCUAUCCAUCCCCAUGCAUGGCAAAUCCAUGUGCGGGCCAUGAUAAUCCAUGCCGCGCCACCUGCCAGACUCAAAGAUUAA